UUAAAAAGAAUUUAAAUAUUUUGAACAUUUAAACAAAUUUUCUUAUCAGUUGUGUAAAACCCGGAAAGUAUGGAGCAGACUUUAAUUGACAUGGUUAAAUAGAAAUAUCCCAAGACAUAUUCCUGGAAAUUACAUCUUCAUUGAUAUAUUUGAUUCAUUGACUUUACAUAGUAUAUGUAUGACCCCUUACUUUAUUUCUCGUCUGAAGUUUAUUAAACAUCAAUAAAUAAACAUUCUGCACGUUACAUAUUGAUUCCUACAAUGGCUGAUAAGAGGAAAGCACUUUUUAUCUGUCUCGGUAACAUUUGCCGCUCACCAAUAGCGGAAGCCGUAUUUCUGAAGUCAAUCGACGAAGCCGGUGUCGCCGAUCAGUGGGAAGUGGAUAGCGCUGCCAUCGGUGGAUGGCAUGUGGGAAAGCUGCCGGACCACCGGGCGCUAGCCACCAUGAAGAAGCACGACUUGCCGUACGACAAUCGCGCCCGUCAGAUUACCAAAGAGGACUUCAAUCACUACGACUACAUUUUCGGUAUGGACGAGGAAAAUAUGUCCGAUCUGAAAAGUCGCGCUCCGAAGGGAUCCAAGGCGAAACAAUUGCUGUUGGGUGACUACGAUACGGAUGCGCCCGGGAAAAUCAUUCGCGAUCCGUACUACGAUCAGGGGUCCGACGGGUUUGAACAGUGUUACGUCCAGUGCGUGCGAUGCUGCAAGGGUUUCCUAGCCAAGGUUGACAAAGGUGACGUCUGAUGUACUACGAUAUAAGUCAACUUUCUUGUGAAUUCUGAUAAUAUAUUAAGGGCUUUCUUUUGUGUUGGGA